GGUACCUUCAAGGUGCUCUGAAUGCACAUUGUGCAUGAUCGCCGAUCUAGGAUCCACAAUGUAGAGUUCUCACUGCCUGGUAGGUCCGUAGAGGCAGCAUUGUGCUAGUAUGCUACAGCAUAAGAACGUUAGUAUUCCUCCCUUAUAUUUAGCUCCCUUCAGGCCAACCGAAACUCGCGCCGUUCCGCACCAAUACCUCCGUCAACAACUCUGCAGGGCACUCCUGUAAACCCUAACCCACCUCGAAAGUUCGUAACUGCCCGCUCUCUUCGCCCACAAUGUGCAAAUUCAUCCGCAUAGCCUACCAAUGCGGCCACGGAAAACUCCUCACCACGCCCUCUGGCACUGCGCUCUGCUCCACCGCGCGAAUGUUCGCAUGCCGCCAAGGCAUCGACAUGGCGCCUCCGAGCUGCUUUCCCCUCCCCGCACGAGACGUCGACGAUGAGGACAUUAUUUUCUUACACAACUGGGAUCUAGGGUACUGCGGUGACUGUCGGGUCCGACGUGGCCUUCUGGGGCUCACUGGUGGUGCAGACGAGUCUACCGAAUCAGAGUACUCGGACGAGCACUGGGAUCAGCUUAGUGCGUAUGAAGUGCAGCUGGAGGAGGAGCUAGAGCAUGGAAUGCUCAUCUGCGAGGAUUUUGAGCGGAAUGCAUAUAUGCGGGGUAGAGUGCCGUAUCUGGAGCAUGAAUGGCUGCGACAGGUGUUGCGGCCGGACGGUCCGGAGAAGUAUGGGUAUCUCUUCCUGAAGGACUUCCCCGAAUGCCUACAGUGGCUCCCACAUCUUCGCACUUAUAUCACGCAAAAUGUGCCGGUGGAGACGUAUCGGCGGGUGCUGGAGUUCUUCCUCGAGAAGAGCAAUAAUGCGCUAGAAAAGCUCGGAAUUUUCCGAACUAUUGUUGACCUGUUGGUCGACUUCGAGCCAGAGACUGGAUUCUACCAGGAGAUCAUCAGCCACAAUGCUGACCAGCUACAAGAGUUAGUGCAAGGUAAGCCGGAUGGAGUACCGGAGGGCUUUGAAUAUCUCAAAAAAGGCUUUAGGAUGCCGCCCGGGUUUAGAAGGCCGCGACCUAGGUCGCUGCCUAGCCGUGGCUAUGAGUUCAGUCACUUCAGCGUGCCUGAUUCGCCUACGGAUUCCCUGGUAUCCGAGCACUCUGAAGUGGAAGAGCGUAAGGAGGGCGUGUAUGAGUUGAGCCACUUCAGGGUUCCGACCUCGCCCACGGGUUCCACGGUGUCGGGGAGUUCUCAGACGGAUCAAAAUGUGUUUAUACCUUCUUCUCUGCCUCUGCAUAGGCGCAAGGAGCGCCCGGCGCCUAUCCUCAUCCUCCCGCCACCACCGUGCGAGAAUCUGCCGGACGCCGAACAUAUUCCCAUUCCGGACGUACCUGCUGAGCAGGUAGUCGAGACGGGAUCUCUAGAACCGCUCGAGUCUGAGCAAUCGCAUAUCCGUAGCGCGAGGAUGCAAGCGGUCCCGCUCGCUCCAGCGCGCAUGGCUCCACCGUCGCCACAGCCGCCCAUAACGUUGUUGUCUCAAGUAUUGUGCUCGAUGAGCGACCCCGGCGGUCGAUCCACCCCUAAUAUCAUAACAUCACACUGCAAUCCAGAUCCUUGCCAAUGUUAUCCGCAGCCGGUUGAACUCUGA